UGGCUGGGAAGAAAGAAAGUAUAGUGAAAUUUUUCCUAUUCGACCACUGACCGAGGAGAUUAUUAUCCACAAUCGUAUUCUUUAUGAAUCCAAUGAAAUCUAUCUUCGGCUGACACCAAUUCUGGUUACUCUUAUAAGUGAAUGUUUGAAUCCAUUCUACUGUUUUCAAGCAUUUAGCUGCGCUUUGUGGUUAGCUGAGGAUUACUGGACUUAUGCAUCGUGCAUUUUGCUUAUUUCUGUGAUAUCUCUCGUCAUCCAAGUGUACGAAGUGCGCCGGAACGAACGCGCAUUGAAAAGUACCAUUUGUGGCUCAGCCAUGGUGACAGUAUGUCGGGAUAUAGACGGAGUUACGGGUGAAAGCGUUCCAGUGACUAAAACACCACUUCCUCAGCAAGGAGACACAAAAGAUGAAGUAUUCAACCUCCGGGCUUCGGCUCGUCAUGUACUAUUUGGUGGAACUUCUGUGAUUCAAACGCGCAAUUAUGCGGACGAGAAGGUUUUAGCUGUGGUUGCCCGUACUGGUUUUCGCACCGCUAAAGGGGAAUUGGUUCGCGCAAUUUUAUUCCCCAAACCUUUGAAGUUCAAAUUUACCCAGGAUGCAAUGAAAUUUGUGGCAGCCUUGGCUUGUGUCGCUCUUAUUGGAUUUGCUUUUUCUGUGUACUAUAUGCAUCGUUCUGGAGUGGAAACACACUUAUUAAUCAUUCGAGCUUUGGAUCUCAUCACCAUCGCCGUGCCUCCUGCUCUUCCCAUGGCAAUGACAAUCGGUGUUGUCUUUGCCCAAAGGCGCCUUCGUGAACAAAGUAUUUACUGCAUCAACCCCAGCGUGAUUAACGUGUGUGGUGUAAUUAAUGUGACGUGUUUUGACAAAACAGGCACCUUAACGGAAGAUGGUCUGGAUCUGUGGGGCGUGGUCCCAGCUUUGGCUGGAGGGUUCGGUGAACCUCUGCAUGAACCGGCCAAGCUAGAUCGUGGUCCUCUGUUGGAAUGCAUGGCAACAUGCCAUUCUCUGACUCGAAUUGAAGGUGUUUUGUCGGGUGAUCCGCUGGAUUUGAAAAUGUUUCAAUCAACGAAUUGGGAAUUUAUGGAGCAAGUGGAGGAAGAUCAUCGGAAGUUUGCCAUGGCAGUCCUUUCAGUGGUUCGACCAAUGCGAGAGAUAUUGACCAGUGAAUUUACUUGUAUAUUGGACGCCUCUCCAGAAAAAAUGCCGUAUGAAGCCGGUAUAGUCCGCCAAUUCGCGUUUACAUCCACCCUACAACGCAUGUCUGUGGUAGCACGUGUCCUUGGUGGUCAACAGUUUCACAUUUACACCAAGGGUGCCCCAGAGACAAUUGAGCUUCUGUGUCGUCGAGAUACUGUGCCCCCGGACUUCCAUUCGGUUCUAAUGGAAUAUACACGUGCUGGCUACCGGGUGUUGGCUCUCGCUUGGCGUCCACUGAAGAUCACUUACGCCCGUGUUGUAAAAAUUCGACGCGAACGUGUUGAACAGGAUCUAUCAUUUCUUGGUCUCUUGAUCAUGGAAAACCGAUUAAAACCAGAAACAGCACCAGUGAUUGAGGUAUUGCGCAAUGCCAACAUUCGACCGAUCAUGGUCACAGGUGAUAAUAUGCUGACUGCUCUGUCAGUUGCUAGAGAUUGUGUUAUGAUUGAUGAAUUGGACAGAAUAGUAAUCGUCUCAGCACAACCACCGACGAAUGUGAACUCCGCUAUGGCUACUGGUUAUAAUCAAGAGCAAAACAACACCGGACCCGAGACUUCGACUUCAUCUCACUCCCCACGCAGUACCCCACUGGAAGGAGGGCAACUUGAAUUCGACAAGCCGUCAUUGGUACAGUUUCAUUAUGCCGAAGAUUUGCACAAACCGGUGACUGAGGUAACUACGACUAAACGUAUGGCAGGGUCGCAUCGUGCCAAGCCAUUCUCGCGAAGAACAAAAGGCGUGUCAUAUGUUUGCCGUCGAUGGUUUAAAUCCUUCUCAAAUCUAUGGUCCAAACCCGAUCAACUGGAUAUACAUUCACCUGUUUCGCAUGAUACUUUUAUGACCUCUUCAAGCUCAACAAAACUCGACAGACAUCGGGCUCUUGAUCCAGAGGUUUCGGUGGAUACGAAACAGACAUCAUCGCAAUCACAUCGAGUUGAUAUUCGCAUGCUCGAUCGUUCAGACUUUCAUUUGGCUAUUUCUGGAAAAAUGUGGGCCGUGAUUCGCGAUCACUAUCCUUGGCUUAUUCCUAAGUUGGUGGUCAAGGGAACGGUAUUUGCCCGUUUCUCACCGGAUCAAAAGACCCAAUUAAUUGAAGCCUUGCAAUCUGUGGGCUACUAUGUUGCAAUGUGUGGAGAUGGGGCGAAUGAUUGCGGUGCUUUGAAAGCUGCCCACGCCGGGGUUUCCUUGAGCGAGGCAGAAGCCAGCGUGGCCAGUCCGUUCACAACAAAGCAACAGAAUGUCAGUUGCAUCCCCACGUUGAUCCGAGAGGGCCGUUGUGCGCUAGUAACCAGUUUUGGCACGUUGAAAUUCAUGAUCGGAUAUUCAUUGGUGCAGUUCUUCUCAGUUGUUCUGAUGUACUACGUAAGUUUCACAAUUUGGCCUAUAGAAAUGAAUAAAACUGUCCAAUAUACUGUUGGCCAGUAA